GCCGCGAGUGGUAGGAUUCUCGCACUGCUUGCCGCUUGGCACUCGGUGCCUUCGAGCUUCCACUUGGCACGCUGCUCCUCCUGCUCCGUGGCUUGAUGUCGGGCGUGGGAUCAACUGUCUCAUCCAAUUCUCUGUUGCACGGCAUUCUAUUUCUUCCCACGGUUGCUUAACUUCAUUGUCAUUCCGUGCUGUGAAGAAUCGUGAGGAGCGAUUCUGUGUCUGUCGUUGUAUUCCUGCUUGUUUGCGACGAAAAAUCAGUUGCUGUGGCUCAGGAGCUGUCACAACAGUGUGACAUCGUUCGGGAAGUCCGACUUCGUCAGCACCUGCGUGGGUGCUGUCCGUGUCAGUUGCAGCUAGAAUUAUGUAUUACGCCAGUGGGCAGCCGUCGGUUUUCGUUUCGCGUCGAGGGGAAUUUCCCAGUUGCUCACACUUAUCAGAAAGUGAGGGAUUUCGUCGAGGGUCACUGCAAUUCUUGGCUCCAAAUCGGACCAAUGGCUCCUUGAAGCACGAGCGAAUGUUGACCCUGCUUGAGCGCGGUCCGAAUCCUCAUAGGUGGGGCCACGGGUGCCGGGCGCAACCAGAUUCUGGGAGUGUGCAAACUGAUCUUGAUGACUCAAGAAAAGAGGUGUUUGAAAUGGCGGCACAGAAGAUUUUGGAUGGGGAUGAUGUCGAGGGAGGAAAGGGGUUCAACACUGGUGCAUCGAAUGGUGAAAGCGCCAAUGGUAGUGGGGAAAGAGGAUCCUCGAAGGUGUUGGAGAAAAACAAGGGGAAGUCGAAGGAGCAGGAGAUUGACUGGGAAAACGUGCCCACGAUGCCCGACGAGCUCGACCUUGCGCAGAGGCAUCCCCUAGAUCCUCACAAACCGAAUUACAGCGAGCUUUUGCCGGAGCCGUUGCGGCCAUACCCGUCCUUUGAGGGGUGGUUUGUGCGGAUUAUGGACCCCACGAAUAAGUUCAGCGCAGCGGUAAUUUUGGCGACGAACUACGCUACCGACGAGAGCCAGGUGACCCUCUUGUUUGCACCCGGAAGAAACGCUGACAAAGAAGGAGACAGAGAAGCGGUGAAGUAUGGCUACACAUAUGCUGUGAGGAUCAAGACGAAGGACGCCAAGUUUACGAAGAAGGAACAAGAUGAGGAAUGGGAAAACAAAGGUGAGAAGCCUGAAGGAUUUGAAUGGGAAGCUAAUGGAGUUGGGCGCAUUUCUGUUACUCCUCAUGUCACCGAUGUGGAGUGUACUGUUGAGGGCUACACCUUCAAAGCGCACUUGACAAAAGAGCUAUUGUGGGAUGCCCAUAAAUCCGAGAAGGGCCCUGAAGGUUGGGCUCGAUAUGUGUCCAUAAUUCCCACGCACUGGUAUGUAUAUAGUCUAGGUUCGACUGUAGAAUACACUUUCUCGAAUCCAGAAAAGAAUAUUCACAGUGAAGGCUCUGCAUUUGGACAUGUGGAAAAGAAUUGGGGUCAGACCUUCCCUGCGGGCCAUAUAUGGAUGCAAGGGAUUUCUUCAGACAAUACAGCACAGGUCUGUUGCUCAGGAGCCUACUUCAAGACCCCAAAUGAGAAGUUGGAGUCGACUUACGUUUUCGUGUUGGGCUACCGGUCGCCGAAAUUGCAGCUGGAUUUUCGCACCAACGAUUUGGGAAUUGUGUUCAAGGACUUCGAGUUUGCAACUCUUGAAGGUCGAGCAUCUGUAACUGCUGUUGGACCCUCUCACACUGUUAAGAUAAAGGCUCAAGCUCCUUUCGACACAUUCUCGGAUCCUGUGUUGGCACCAGUCACCAAAACAGACUGGAAACCCGCAUGUCGUGAAUCAUUUGUAGCGACGAUCGAGGUCGAAGUGUACGAGCACUUUGCAUGGGGGAUUCCAGGAACCGAGAACCUUGUGGAGACAAUGAAGUUUGAAUACGCAGCUCUUGAAUUCGGUGAGGACUUGCUCUCUGGUCAGGGUUCAGAGAGCGAAGGAAACCAAAACUGAUUUGCUGAGCUGAUCUCUGCCCAGAGACGCAUGCAUCUUGUAUACUCGAUUGUUAGUUUGAAUGAGCCAAAUGUGUAAAUUCCCAAAACUGUAUUCUUUGUGGAUAAACAUGUCCAUUUCUUCAACCCAAUUCAUAAACUCCUCAAAGAAUCUCAA